AUGUCCACUAGACGAGAUCUCAGAAACCACAUUCAUGAGCUGUAUCAGGAAAAUGGAGCUUCAAAUGCUCUGCUGCAAAUGCUAUCGCAGCUGAUUCCAGAGUCCAUGCAAGAGGAACUAUUACAAGAUGAAAAGCAAGGGUGUCCCGAACAUUAUGUUGAUUCACUGCCUAGGGUGAAUAAGAAUAAGAUUGAGGACCAUGAGACAUGUAGUAUAUGCUGCUGUCGAUACAAGGAGGACGAGUACCCUCUGGUGGUUGAGUUGCCCCAUUGCGGACAUUGCUUCGAUCUAGAAUGCGUCGCAGUGUGGCUCUCGAAAAGGACAACUUGCCCGUUAUGCAGAGACGACGUUUUAUCGCAUAAACCGAAAGUUGACGUCAGCCAAGUAGAAAUGGAGGACGACUGGGGCAUGUACGGAUAG